UCUGCACUUUCUGCACCACCACUCUUUCCUCUCUACCACACUUCCCAGCUUUCCUUCGCUGCUGCGGCACUCAGCUAACAAUUUUCGUUCGGAAUCUCAGAUAGCGGCUACAACAAUUACAACACCAGCUACGGAGGUAGCGGCGGCGGCGGCGGCGGCGGCGGAGGCUUCAUGCCCGGCGAGAUGAACAACAGUCCUUCUGGCGGAAAGAGCGACUACAACAACGCCACCCUCCGCCCAAUAACCAUCAAACAAGCGCUGGACGCGACCCAACCGUACCCGGAAGCCGGCUACCAGAUCGACUCGGCCGAGGCGGCGAGCGUGUGCUUCAUCGGGCAGGUGCGGAACAUCAGCUCGCAGAGCACGAACGUGACGUACAAGAUCGACGACGGCACCGGGGAGAUCGAAGUGAAGCAGUGGAUCGACUCGUCGUCGGGGGCCGGGGACAGCAUGGAGACGGACGAGCACACCGCCACCACCAACAAGCCCUCCGGCCCCAGAUCCCAGCCCGAGGUGGACGGCUACGCCAAGGUGUUCGGGAAGCUCAAGUCGUUCGGGAACAAGCGGUUCGUCGGGGCGCAUUGCGUGCGCGCCGUCAAGGAUAUCAAUGAGGUGCAUGUGCAUCUGCUGGAGGCGGCGGCGGUGCAUCUGUUUUUCACGAAGGGGCCGGUGGGUGGUUCUCAGGGGCAGGGGGCUGGUGCGGGUGGUGCGGGUGGUGCGGCUGGGGAUGCGUCGAUGGGUGGGGUGGAUGAUUAUGGUGGUGGUGCUGGUGGUGGUGGGCGGGCGUUGCCGGCGAUGAGUCCUGUGGCGAGACGGGUGUAUAAUCUGCUCAGCACGGAGCCGCAGAGUAAUGAGGGGUUGCAUGCGCAGUUGAUUGCGGCUAAGUUGAGUCUGCCCAUGCCGGAUGUCGCUAGGGCGGGCGAUGAGCUGUUGACGGCUGGGGUCAUCUUCUCGACGGUGGAUGAGCAGACCUGGGCGAUUCUGGAGUACUAGGUUUGUUUGGGAUGGGGGUUUCUUGUUUGCAUGUACGAUUUGCGCGUUAUUGAUGAAUAGUAUGCAAAAAUGGGUUCCUUUGAUGGUUGAUUUACAUUGCCCCGAUUGGACAUGGUGCAUAACGAUAUUGGCCGAUUUGAGGGCCUACAUACAACCAGAACUAAUCUAACACACCUAGCACAUACAACAUAUACACACCGCAAUCUCAGUCCGCUUGCAGAGGGUCGUCGUGAGGUUGUCGAAACUUUUGAAUAAACGAUGC